AUGAAUACCAUCAUUGUCAUCGGUUGUUGCACCACCGCCACCAUCAGUGACGACGGCUUCACCACCACCACCACCAGUGACGAUGUCUCCACCACCGCAAGUAUCUCUGAUAUGGGAAGGAAGCGAUGGAGAACUUUGACGCAGAAACAGGCAUGGUUGAUUGCGGUGUUGGGACCAUGGACCCCGAUGAGCUCCGAUGAGCUCUCUGCUUCUCCUCUCAUGUCUCGCCGAUCUGGAACACCUUUCAAACUUCUUGGGAGGGAAUAUGCCAGUGUGUAA